AUGCCAUCAGCGACGGUGGUGACUCUGAUCCUCGCGCCGGUCCUACUGUUCGCGCUAUGGCACGUCACGGCCCACAGCACGCCUCCGGUCCCAGGGUUCCUGCGCAACAAGCGCAUCAUCCUACUGAUAGCGCACCCGGACGAUGAAUCCAUGUUCUUCAGCCCGACGCUACAGGCGCUGACGGACCCGGCCCUCCAAAACCACCUGAAGAUCCUCUGCAUGAGCACAGGCAACAGCGAAGGAAUCGGCGAGACACGCCGGCAAGAGUUGGAAAAGGCCGCGGUGACAUUGGGGGUGCGCCGGCGCGAAGACGUGUUUGUUCUCGACGACGAACGCUUCAAAGAUGGAAUGGACCAGGACUGGAAACCGGAGGAGGUCGCGCGUGUCCUGGCCAGCGCUUUUGCACCGCACUUGAACACCACCCAAACAUCGGAGGAACCACAGCAGGACAAAGAAAAAGAUAAGAGACGUAGCACAGGAAACAAGUCCAAGUCCUCGAAACAACAACAACAACAAGACACCCAAAAACAAUUACCGCAAAGUCAAACUACAGGCCCCCAGGCCUCAAUCGACGUCCUCAUCACAUUCGACAAACACGGCAUCUCAGGCCAUCCGAACCACAAGUCUUUAUACCAUGGUGCAACGCUGUUCAUCAAACAGAUCAUGAAAGGUCACAGCGGCUACGCCUGCCCCGUGACCCUGUAUACGCUGCCCUCGAUCAAUAUAUUGCGUAAAUACGGUUUCGUUCUCGACACCAUCCCCACCUUACUGGCCGGCGUGUACGGCACCAUGUUUGCCAAUGUCAAGGGCACUCGAGGCGCGGGAACCCGCGAAGGUGCCGAUAGGGUGGUCUUUGUCAAUGACCUGAAACGCUACUGGAAGGCAAGGGAGGCCAUGACCGAUGGACACCAGAGUCAAAUGGUCUGGUUCCGCUGGGGCUGGAUCGCCCUCGGCCGAUACAUGUACGUCAACGAUUUGCGCUCAGAAAAGGUCAUUCCAAUAUGA